AUGUGUAGUGGGAGUAGCCAUCGGGUGAGCCCUUUAGCUGUGAAGGCUAGAGUGGAUACUCCUGAGAGGCUGUAUGAGUGGUUGAAGAAGUGCAAACACUGCAAGCUGGUCCAUACGGAAUUGCCAGAGUUGGGGUGUGAGAUAGUCGAUGUUAGCAUGCUGAAACGCAAGUCUGAGGAUAAAGUGUACCUGAAGAAUGACCUAUUGCACUGUGUGCUACGGAGGGGACUGUCGUUAGCAUUGAUAACAGGGGAAGGGAAUAAGAAAAGGAGACUUACUGGGGAGGGGGCUGAUGAUGAUGCGGCGAAGGAUGAGGCCAUGAAGGUGGUCUUAUUACGACAGGGCUUGCCUAAGUUCUUUGAUAUUGAUGUUGAUGAUGACCUCACUG